AUGUUGUUACGCCGCUUGAUGGGCUACUCCGUGCACUGCUUCGACAGGCCGCUGGCUCUGCACGACGUGAACGUCUCGCUCUCGAGCCGCUUCAACCGCCUCGCACACCCGGACGCAAAAGUCGAGCAACAUAAGACACGAGCGUGGGAGCAACUUAAACAUCACACACCUAACCUCUUUAACGCCUCGAAAUUCCGGCUCCACAGCUACUCAAAAGACCAUCACUCUGCAAGCGACCAUCACUCUACAAGCGACCACCACUCUACAAGCGACCAUCACUCUGCACUUACAUUGCACUUUGGCGUAACGGACUACGCGUCAUACGUCGGUCUUUGCUGCUCGUCCCUCGUUCCUCAGCUGCUUCUAGACGGAGAGCGACUGCACCACGAUCGCUUUGCGUUCCUAUCGAGGAAAGUCGGUGUCGCUGCAGCGCUGGAGACGACUGACGGGUACGUGGCGCUCCUCAAGCGGAGCACGGGCGUUGGUCUCUACCAGAACUUGUUUGACACGCCUGGAGGUCACCCCGAGCCAUUGGCGUGCCACGUGACACAGAAAGGACUGCAGACACUGGAGGCAGACGAGGUCAAAAGUGAUGAGGAGCAGGAAACGCGAAGUAGGAGGACGGAGGUGGAAGUUGCCGUGAGACGGGAGUUUUUCGAGUCCAUUACGAAUGAAAUUCACGAGGAAGUGAACGUGGCGCCCGAGGUGCAGCAGCCGCCGGAGCUGCUGGGGGUCGUGCUGCAGACGGACGCAUGUACGCCCAGUUUCUCUUUCCACGUGCGGACCUUGUGCUCAGCACAAGAGCUGAAGGAGCUGUACGAGGCGGGACCGGCAGACAAGUUUGAGUCGGUGGAGCUCAAGCUCUUGUCGGUGGAGAACCUGCUGGCGGACGGAUCGUCACAGAUGCUGGAGGAGCUGCCGCUGACGCCUUCAGCAAAGGGGACGCUGGAGAUCUGGAAGCAGCAUAUGAUACGCGCAGGACAAGAGCAGUAG